CCAGACGAAGACGACAGGGACAACGAGUGCACCAUCUGUCUCGAGCCACUUCUCGACACCCAGUUGGUGGGAAUCGUACCCUCGUGCUGCGGCCACAACAAGCCGUACCACGACCGGUGCAUCACCCAGUGGUCUUGCAACUCCAACUCGUGUCCUACAUGCCGCCAGCGGUUCUACACCGUGGAAAUCUACCCCAAGAAUAAGCCCACGAUGCUCGUCCACACCAUCUCUGUUCAGGACAAGUUGCUCACCAAUGAUGCCAUCAACCAUAUCCCCAGCGAGUACGUGAUUCCAGCAGCUGCCCCUGCUCCCGUGGAGGAUGAGAUACGACAUGGUGGUGUGUGCUCCAUCUGUUCUAGCUCCGACUACGUGUCGUCGAUGCGCAGCAUGCUCAAUUGCAACUUCUGCUGCUCGUCAUUCCAUUUGGACUGCGUUGGAAUGAGUCCAGAUACAGAUAUGUGCUCGUGGUGCUGUCCCAUCUGCGACAUCGACCAGGAGCUCAUCAUACCGUAUCAGCGGUCACGAGGCACCUCCAGGACCACUAGAACAUGUCCUACGCCUGCAAGAAGUGUCCCCAGAGCCCUUGCUAGAACCAGAAUAAUACGCGGAACAGGAUCCUCCGCAAGAACUCCCGCCAGAAGCGCCAGACCUGGCCUCAUCAUACACAACGAGAACAACGAGUUGGACGACUCGUUCCUCUACGAUAACGACAGUGACGAUCUCAUGCAAAAUAACGAAAUGCUAUACUCCCGGUUCAACGACUUCCAUGCGCCUCCCGUGAUUAAUGGGGGCGUAUUGCUCAGAAAGGAACAGAGAGCACAGCAAAACCUCUCCAAAGAAGAACUACAAUCGUGGCAGAUUUUCGACGUGGCAAGGAACCAAGACCCAGAAUACAUAUCUGAAGAAGUUAAGACAGAAGGUUCUGAAAGUGCCAGCACUGGCACCAGCUCGAGUUCCAACAAGAGAAGAAGAAGAAAAAAGAUAACUCCAGUAAAUGAGGCAGUGGUAGGGUCUUCAAAGGAUAUGAUUAAGGAUAAUUCCAGUCGUAUUAACAAUUUAAUCAGUCAAAUCAAAACCUCACCUUUGGCAAGAACCCCAAUCACCCAUGCUGCUUCCGGAGUUUUGUCAGCUUCUGAUUCCCCAGCCUCGAUAUCGCCUUCGAGUAAUAGUCCUAUGGAUCCAACAUUCAACGACAGCGAUACUCAAUACGACAGUGACUCUCGCCUUCAGAAGAAACACAAAUCGUUGGAGUUGACCUUGGAUCAAAAAAUAGAAAUCCAGAAAUAUAUUAGGUCCAACUUGAGGUUGUUAUACAAGCCUAACCAUACCGAACAGCUCCCCAGUGAGCUCAUCAUAACUUCCGAGGAGGACUAUAUCAAAAUCAACAAGACUAUUUCUAGAAAAAUUUACGGACACAUACUAUCUGAGGUCAAUAAUUCAGCAACGUCGGACUCCACCCUGUUAGACAAAUAUUUCAAGGAGGACGAUGUUACCAAGUUGAAGGAGUUAGUGGAUCGUUAUGUUAAGGGUGAGCUA